AUGUCUGUGGCAGGACUGAAAAAACAGUUUCAUAAAGCAACGCAGAAAGUUAGUGAGAAAGUUGGUGGAGCAGAGGGAACCAAACUUGAUGAUGACUUCAAAGAAAUGGAAAAGAAAGUGGACGUCACCAGCAGAGCAGUACUGGACAUUAUGACCAAAACUACAGAAUAUCUACAACCCAACCCAGCAUCCAGGGCAAAACUCAGUAUGAUAAACACCAUGUCUAAAAUCCGGGGGCAGGAGAAAGGACCAGGCUACCCACAGGCUGAGACCAUCCUUGGGGAUGCUAUGCAGAAGUUUGGCCGAGAACUCGGAGAAGAAUCCAGCUUUGGCGUAGCCCUGAUUGAUGCUGGGGAGGCUAUGCGUGAGUUGGGGGAGGUGAAGGAUGCACUUGACAUGGAAGUCAAACAGAACUUCAUUGAUCCACUCCAGAACCUGCAUGAUAAAGAUCUUAAAGAAAUUCAGCAUCACCUGAAGAAGAUGGAGGGCCGGCGUCUGGAUUUUGACUACAAGAGGAAACGACAGGGGAAGGUUCAGGAUGAUGAGAUCAGACAGGCUCUGGAGAAAUUUGAUGAGUCAAAGGAGAUCGCUGAACAAAGCAUGUUCAACCUGCUGGAGAGUGAUAUUGAACAAGUGAGUCAGCUGGCGGCCCUGGUCCAAGCUCAGCUGGACUAUCACAGGCAGGCCACAGAGAUUCUACAGCGUCUCUCCAGCAAGAUGGAUGAAAGGAUAAAGGAAGUGUCCAAUAAGCCCAGGAAAGAGUUUGUCCCCAAACCUCGCAUGGUUAUGGAACUUACACUGCCUAUUGAAAACCUCAAUGGAGGAAUACACUCUGCCAAAUCUCCUGCCCGUUCUCCAGGUAACACACACACACACACUCACACACACACACACACACACACACAGAGCUCACUUACUCUCUCCGUCCCCCUCUCUCUAUCUCUAGCUCCAUUGGACCAGCCUUGUUGUCGUGCUCUUUAUGACUUUGAGCCUGAAAAUGAGGGUGAGCUGGGCUUCAAGGAAGGUGACAUUAUCACUCUGACCAAUCAGAUUGAUGACAACUGGUACGAGGGCAUGAUCCACGGCCAAUCAGGAUUCUUCCCCAUCAACUAUGUGGACAUCCUGGUGCCUCUGCCUCACUAG